AGAAUACGUGAUUGUUAUAUAAAUAAUUUUUUAUUUCAAAACAUGUCUGAAAAUGGUAUUUUUGUGCCUGUCGCGCCGAUAGAGUCAACGCCACAAAAUAAGGUUACCAUUGUUGGAGUUGGUCAAGUUGGAAUGGCUUGUGCUUAUUCAAUUCUUCAGCAGAACAUUGCUACCGAGAUUUGUCUCACGGAUGUUUUGGCUGAUAAAUUGCAAGGAGAAAUGAUGGAUUUGCAACAUGGAUUGGCAUUUACCCAUAACACUUGUAUUGUGAAUGCGAGCACCGACUAUGCCAAAACUGCUGGAUCAAAAAUUUGCGUUAUUACUGCUGGAUGUCGUCAACGUGAGGGAGAGUCUCGUCUCAGUCUUAUUGAGCGCAAUGUUGUUAUCUUUAAGGGAAUUGUCCCGCAAUUAGUUCGUCAUUCACCUAAUACUGUGUUUUUGGUUGUAUCAAAUCCUGUGGAUAUUCUGACUUAUGUGACUUGGAAAUUGUCCGGACUGCCAAAGGAACGUGUUUUUGGAUCUGGGACUAAUUUGGAUUCUGCUCGUUUUCGUUUCCUGCUUUCUGAGCGUCUGAACAUUUCUCCUUGCAAUUGUCAUGCUUUUAUUAUUGGAGAACAUGGAGACUCGAGUGUGGCGGUUUGGAGUGGUGUCAAUGUAGCGGGUGUCAACCUCUCUGCUCAUGAUCUCACUACUGGCGCUUCAAAUUCUAACGGAAAAAAUGAUGAUGGAAAAUUGGAAGAGGAGAUUCAUAAAAAGGUCGUACAAAGUGCUUAUGAGAUUAUUCGUUUGAAAGGAUAUACGAGUUGGGCAAUUGGACUUUCUGUUGCUUCUAUUGUACAAGGUGUGAUGCGUAAUAGCCGUAAUGUUUUUGCGUUGACUGUGGAUAUUAAGGGAAUUCACGGUUUUGAGGAUGAUAUUUUUCUUUCGCUUCCAACUGUUCUUGGUUCGAAUGGAGUCAACUUUAUCGUGCGCCAAAAUUUGACGCCUAAAGAGCUCGAGCAACUUCGUGGGUCUGCUAAUCAAUUGUUGGAAAUUCAGAAAACUUUGAAGCUUUGA